AUGUCCUGCCAACUCCAUGGCGUGGAAGGUGACCCCUGCUACCUGAUUUCGCAGGGACUCAGGCUGGAGCAAAUUGCAUUUUGCUGGAAAGGAAAGUCAGUCCUAAUCUUAGCCACGUCUUUGGGAGUUGUCACCUUUCUCUCAUGGAAAAGAAUUUCCAGAGGAGAAGAAUUAGUGAAGUAUGGCGAGUUUAUUACGGAAAUGGAGGAAGGGAAAAAGGAAGGUAGGUUAGGAUACAGAGUCAAGCAGGAACAUGGGCUUCGAGAACAGAACGAGACAGUAUACAUCCCAGCGUUCAAGUAUGAAAGGCCACAUCUCGAGAGGGGAGAUGCAGGUGGCAUGUGUGUGGGCAGCAUGUGUGCGCCUCUCCUCUGUCAAGACAACAUGUUGAGAUGGUCAGCUCGGAGCCUUUGGGUUCAUGAAGGUUACAAGAGAAAUACCUGUGAAGGUGUCUGGGACAUGCUGGAGACAGGAAUGAAAGGGAAAAAUUCAGAGGUGACAGUCAGCUUGAAGCAUGAGCAGUUGCUGAGGCAAAGAUAUUCCCCUGCCUGUGAUUUAUGGCUCAAGAAAGGAGAGGGUAAAUGCCAAGAAAUAAAAUCACUGGUCCAGACACUCACCCACCAGCUUCUGGGCGACGGGGGCUCCCCUGGAACCUCCCAACCCCCUGCGCUGCGUGGACACGCCUCUCCGCUCCUCCACAAAGCUGCAACUCUCAAUCAGGCCCGGAGGCCCGCAGGCCAGCUGGAGAGACGGUGCAAGGCCAGCCAGGGCGCAGACCCCAGACCAGUGGUGCGCGUGCGGUACCCACAACCGCAAGGCUUCCUGCACAUGGGCGGCCUCCACACUGCCUUGUACAACUACAUCUUUGCCAAGAAGCAUGGAGGGAGAUUCAUCCUGCUGCGGAGGACACAGACCAGACCCAGCCAUGUGCCUGGGGCCGCGGAGAAUAUUGCGGACAUGCUGGAGUGGGCAGGCAUCCCCCCAGAUGAGAGCCUGCACCAGGGCGGUCCUGCAGCCUACCAGCAAUCCCAGCGGUUGGAGCUGUAUGCCCGGGCCACGAAAGCUCUGCUCAAGACCUGCGCGGCCUACCCCUGCUUCUGCUCACCCCAGCGGCUGGAGCUCCUGAAGAAGGAGGCGCUGUGGAACCACCAGACGCCCUGGUACGACAACCACUGCCGCCACCUGACCCAGGUGCAGGUGGCCCAGAAGCUGGCCCAGGAGCUGCCCACCAUCCACUGCCACCUGGAGGGGGAGGCGCCCACCUUCCAGGACCUGGUCUACAGCUGGAACCGGCACACAGUGGUGAGCGUGGAGGGGGACCCAGUCUUUCUCAAGAGUGACGUCUUCCCCACCUACCACCUGGCUUGCGUGGUGGACGACCACCACAUGGGCGUCAGCCACGUGCUACAGGGCUCCGAGUGGCUGGUGUCCACCGCCAAGCACCUGCUCCUCUACCAGGACCUGGGCUGGAGACCGCCGCGCUUUGCCCACCUGCCCCUGCUCCUCAACCAGGACAGCAGCAAACUGUCCAAGCGCCAGGGAGACAUCUUCCUAGAGCAUUUCACCGCCGCCAGCUUCCUGCCCGAUGCCUUGCUCGACAUCAUCACCAACUGCAGCUCGAGGUUUCCGGAGAACCAGAUGGGCAGGACCUUGCUGGAGCUGAUCGCACAGUUUGACCUCUCCCAGGUCACCUGCCACUCAGCGCUGCUGGACCAGGAGAAGCUUCCAGAAUUCAACAGCCACUGCCACGUUCCAGGCCGCUUUGUGGACACUCAUGCCGAACCUCACGCAUGA